CUUGCUCAUCAACUCAUCCCUGACCGCUGGCUACGUCCCUUCCGUCUUCAAGAGAGCGAGAGUUGCACCCCUUCUGAAAAAAACCUACACUUGAUCCCUCCGAUGUCAACAACUACAGACCAGUAUCCCUUCUUUCUUUUCUCUCCAAAACUCUUGAACGUGCCGUCCUUGGCCAGCUCUCCCGCUAUCUCUCUCAGAAUGACCUUCUUGAUCCAAAUCAGUCAGGUUUCAAGACUAGUCAUUCAACUGAGACUGCUCUUCUCUGUAUCACGGAGGCGCUCCGCACCGCUAAAGCUAACUCUCUCUCCUCUGCUCUCAUCCUUCUAGACCUAUCGGCUGCCUUCGAUACUGUGAACCAUCAGAUCCUCCUCUCCACCCUCUCCGAGUUGGGCAUCUCCGGCGCGGCCCACGCUUGGAUUGCGUCCUACCUGACAGGUCGCUCAUACCAGGUGGCGUGGCGAGAAUCUGUCUCCUCACCACGUGCUCUCACCACUGGUGUCCCCCAGGGCUCUGUUCUAGGCCCUCUCCUAUUCUCGCUAUACACCAAGUCACUUGGCUCUGUCAUAACCUCACAUGGUCUCUCCUAUCAUUGCUAUGCAGACGACACACAAUUAAUCUUCUCCUUUCCUCCUUCUGAUGACCAGGUGGUGAAUCGCAUCUCUGCAUGUCUGGCAGACAUAUCAGUGUGGAUGACGGAUCACCACCUCAAGCUGAACCUCGGCAAGACGGAGCUGCUCUUCCUCCCGGGGAAGGACUGCCCGUUCCAUGAUCUCGCCAUCACGGUUGACAACUCCAUUGUGUCCUCCUCCCAGAGCGCUAAGAACCUUGGCGUGAUCCUGGACAACACCCUGUCGUUCUCAACUAACAUCAAGGCGGUGGCCCGUUCCUGUAGGUUCAUGCUCUACAACAUCCGCAGAGUACGACCCUGCCUCACACAGGAAGCGGCGCAGGUCCUAAUCCAGGCACUUGUCAUCUCCCGUCUGGAUUACUGCAACUCGCUGUUGGCUGGGCUCCCUGCCUGUGCCAUUAAACCCCUACAACUCAUCCAGAACGCCGCAGCCCGUCUGGUGUUCAACCUUCCCAAGUUCUCUCACGUCACCCCGCUCCUCCGCUCUCUCCACUGGCUUCCAGUUGAAGCUCGCAUCCGCUACAAGACCAUGGUGCUUGCCUACGGAGCUGUGAGGGGAACGGCACCUCAGUACCUCCAGGCUCUGAUCAGGCCCUACACCCAAACAAGGGCACUGCGUUCAUCCACCUCUGGCCUGCUCGCCUCCCUACCACUGAGGAAGUACAGUUCCCGCUCAGCCCAGUCAAAACUGUUCGCUGCUCUGGCUCCCCAAUGGUGGAACACACUCCCUCACGACGCCAGGACAGCGGAGUCAAUCACCACCUUCCGGAGACACCUGAAACCCCACCUCUUUAAGGAAUACCUAGGAUAGGAUAAAGUAAUC